CUGCGGCCGGCGGGAGGGAAGAGAGGCCAAGAUGGCGCCGCCUGACGCCCAGCGGGGCCUAAAGAGCGUCGUGUGGCACAGAAUAAAAGCAACAGUGCUUGAUGACUGCAAGAAAGAAGGUGAAUGGAAGAUAAUGCUUUUAGAUGAAUUUACCACUAAACUCUUGGCAUCAUGCUGCAAAAUGACAGAUUUGCUGGCAGAGGGUAUCACCGUUGUGGAGAACGUUUACAAGAGUCGUGAACGUGUAACCCAAAUGAAGGCACUUUAUUUCAUCACUCCAUCCCAAAAGUCUGUAGAUUGUUUAAUACGCGACUUUGCAGAUACCAAGUACAAAGCAGCAUACAUAUACUUCACGGAUUUUUGCCCUGACAGUCUCUUUAACAAAAUCAAGUCUUCCUGCUCCAAAUCCAUAAGAAGGUGUAAAGAAAUAAAUAUCUCCUUCUUCCCACUUGAGUCUCAGGUAUUCGCUCUUGAUAUACCAAAUGCAUUCUACUACUGUUACAGUCCAGAUGAAGACAAUGCAAGUGAUAAAGACGCCACUAUGGAAGCAAUGGCUGAACAGAUUGUUACUCUCUGUGCCACUCUGGAUGAAAAUCCUGGAGUAAGAUAUAAAAGUAAGCCCCUAAACAAUGCCAGCAAGCUUGCCCAACUCGUUGAAAAAAAGCUAGAAAACUACUACAAGAUUGAUGAAAAAAGUCAAAUAAAGGGUAAAACUCAUUCCCAGCUUCUAAUAAUUGACCGUGGUUUUGACCCAGUCUCCACUGUACUUCACGAACUCACCUUUCAAGCAAUGGCUUACGAUCUGCUUCCAAUCGAUAACGAUACAUACAAAUAUAAAACUGAUGGACCUAAUGGAAAGGAAAAGGAGGCAUUCCUGGAAGAAGACGAUGACCUCUGGGUCAGAAUUCGACACCGACAUAUUGCAGUUGUACUAGAAGAGCUCCCCAAGCUUAUGAAAGAGAUUUCAUCGUCCAAAAAAGCAACAGAAGGAAAGGCUUCGCUUAGUGCUCUGACCCAGCUGAUGAAGAAGAUGCCCCAUUUCCGUAAACAGAUUACCAAGCAAGUUGUCCAUCUGAAUUUAGCAGAAGACUGCAUGAGUAAGUUCAAGCCUGAAAUUGAAAAGCUCUGCAAGACAGAACAGGACCUAGCCCUUGGAAGUGAUGCUGAGGGACAGAAGGUGAAAGAUUCUAUGCGAGUGCUCCUACCCGUCCUGUUCAACAAAAAUCUCGACAAUUACGAUAAAAUAAGAGCUAUCCUGCUUUAUAUCUUCAGUAGUAAUGGAACAACCCAAGAAAAUUUGGAUAAAUUGGUCCAGAAUGUCAAGCUAGAAAAUGAUGAAGACAUGAUCCGUAACUGGAGUUAUCUGGGGGUGCCUAUUGUUCCCCAAUCUCAGCAGGGGAAACUGUUGAGAAAAGACCGCUCCGCAGAAGAAACAUUUCAGCUGUCUCGAUGGACACCCAUUAUCAAGGAUAUCAUGGAAGAUGCCAUCGACAACAGAUUAGAUUCAAAGGAAUGGCCUUACUGCUCUCAGUGUCCUAUGGUGUGGAAUGGCUCAGGAGCCGUCAGCGCCCGCCAGAAACCCAGGACAAGUUAUUUAGAUGACCGAAAGAAUGGGUCAAAGCUAAUUGUCUUUGUAAUUGGAGGAAUUACAUACUCAGAGAUGCGCUGUGCUUAUGAAGUUUCUCAGGCACACAAAUCUUGUGAAGUUAUUAUUGGUUCUACUCAUAUUCUGACACCCAAAAGGCUGUUGGAUGAUUUAAAGAUGCUGAGCAAACCCAAGGAUAAAAUCUGCCAUGUUAAGGACGAACAGCAACUUGUUUGAAGAUUCUAGUGUCCUUCCGGUUCAGGAAAGUGAAUCAAGGAAAUAGUUCAUAAUUUAAAUGUAUAUAUUUUUGUGAAAUAACAUUUCCAGUAUGUCUCUAAUACGAUGACCAUGCACACAGUUGGAUUUGGCUUUUUUUUUUUUUUUUAAAUAAUUUAAUUACUGCUGCUUUGGAGACCAGAAGCAAGAUUCAAAUUUUACAUUAUCUGAUGCGAAAAUGUUUUCUAAACUUCACCUAUUUGAAUAAAGAAUCAAAGAUAGGAUUUUUUCACAACCACAUGUAUAUAUAUGCUAAUGGCUCAUGGAACAUUUUUGGAAUUAUUGAAUGCUGAAAGUUUCCUUCUGAAAAGCGAUUUAAAGGACCUUAGAGGCAAAUGUAAAGGUAAGGGGGAAAACUGUAAAUGUAUAUGUAUGAUCAGAUUAUUAUUUCCUGAAAGUGCAAUUUUCUCUUUCAAUUAAAAUUUUUAGCAGUGGUAAUAAUUACGGUUUGAUUCCCUAAAUGUACUUUAUGAAAUUACUGUUUACUUAAAAACCUUUGUCUGGAACAUACUAAAUUCUGUACUUGAUCAUGUAGGGUUUUUUUGGUGAUCAUGAAAUACUCAAAUAAAACAAAGACUUUUAAAGGGUA